CCCAAUAUAUACAUAAUGACCCGAUUGAAUGCGCAAACGCGCAUAUCUGGACUAUUCAAAGAAUAUAUCAUAUUAGCCAUUUGAAGGCCCACCGCUAUAAAUGCUACCUUUGGCGGCACACCUUGCACGUCGCUCUCCAGUUUCGUACACCUCAGUCAAGCAUCGCGGCCGGUGUCUACUCCGAAAUACAAUGGCGACGUACGCUUCAGCUGCUGAGGGCACCAAGCCGACAUUCGACUCGGUUGGCAUUAAGAACAGGAACAUCAGCGUCGCCGACGAGCAGAGCCUGAGCGACGAGCAAAAGGUCAUUGUUGGGUCCGUCUUGGAUCUAUUCGAGGGGCGCCCGUCUCUCAAGCAUCUGUCUCUCUGGCAGCCCACCGCGCUGUUCCAAGAUCCCAUCGCCUACGCGCAGGGAUACGACAAGUUCGCCGCCCAGUGGUACGGACUGGCGUCGCUGUUCAACCCCAUCGCCAUCCAGUCCCACCUGGUCACCUCGGGAGGCAACCCGAUUGAGGUCUCGCUCACGAACAAGUACGUCCUCAGGGGCAUCAACAAGGAGCAGGUAAUGGACAGCGUGCUCAAGAUCUACGUUGGGUCGGAUGGCAAGAUCGAAAAGGUGGAGGAUCGGUGGAACGACAAGCUUCCCGAAGAAGGCGGCAUCAGUGGGGUCUUGCGCAAGCUCAACGCCACUGUGGCGUCGAGCCUGGUCACGGUUCCCAAAACCGAGGAGGAAGACCGGAAACUACAGGCGGAGAGAAGCAGCGGAAAGUGAGUAUAUCACUACAUUUCAAUCAAUUGCUCUUCAGAUGUUAUACUGUGAACUUGCUACGGUGAAAGAUUGGCCGAGGGCGCAAAAGGCUCGAGCGACAGAAAACGCCAUGGCAGACCGAGAGCACUUGGUUACCUACCCUUUCACACGUGACACAAAUUUGGACACAUGGAAGCAUGUCGCCUGUUCGCAGCGCAGUCGAAAGCGUGAGAUGGAAAUAGG